UUUCAGUCAGCUUGGACUCGUUGGCUUCGGGAUAGGCCGUAAAAACCACCCAACAAGGCGUUGUGGGGGAAACACCGAGCCGAACCGAGAUUAAAUAAAGCUUUAGUUCAGUUUUAGGUGGAGGUAGAUUGUGAGAAAUGAGGGGAAGUCGACGGAAGUUGAUAAGGUUUCGCAUUUUCACGGUUUAAUUUGGUGGCUGACGUCGAUCGGAGCGUAAUGAGCAGAGUUGGAGAAAGAAGGAGCUGACAGCUUUUUUUUUCCUCCCUUCCUCUGCUGAUCAGACAACUUGGACCGGACUGAACUGCGCUGUGAUCUGGGUGCAAACUAUGGAUAGGAAGCUCUGAAGUUCCAGCGGCCGGGGCCUGGGGCUCGGAGGAGGCUUCAGGACGUCCAUGCCCGACCCCCACAGCUGAGGACCGAGCAGGAUGACUCAGCACCAGGGGGGCCCCCCAAACAACAAGUGAAGAGACGUAAGGAUGGGGGCCAAUGGAUCCAGUUAUCCACACUCCUGCUCCCCGCGCAUCGGGGCAAACACGCAGACGCAGCAGACCUUUAUAGGAACGUCUUCGUACUCCCAACAGGGUUAUGGCUUGGAGUCCAAGCUGUACAGCCUGGAGCACGGCCAUGAGCGACCGGCGGACAGGAAGAAGAAGAGCCUGGGUCUGGCGACGCUCAAACGGAGGUUCAUCAAAAGGAGGAAGUCCAGCCGCUCAGCGGACCACGCCCGGCAGAUGCGGGAGCUCCUGUCGGGUUGGGACGUCCGCGACACCAACGCCCUGGCGGAGGAGUACGAGGGAACCGCCGCCCUCAAGGAGCUGAGCUUCCAGGCCAGCCUGGCCCGCGCCGAGGCCCCCAGCCUGCAGCGCGACCUGGCCGCGCUCUAUCAGCACAAGUACUGCACUGACGUGGAUCUCAUCUUCCAGGGAACCUGCUUCCCGGCUCACCGCGCCAUCCUGGCCGCCCGCUGCCCCUUCUUCAAAAACCUGCUGUCCUCUUCUCCCGGUUAUGGCGCCGAGGUCCUCAUGGACGUCGACACGGCCGGCAUCGACGUGCCCAUGUUCUCCGCUCUCCUUCAUUACCUGUACACGGGGGAGUUCGGGGUGGGCGGAGCCGAGGACAGCCGGCUGCAGAAUGUGGACGUUCUGGUUCAGCUCAGCGAGGAGUUCGGUACGCCCAACUCCCUGGAAGCUGACAUGAAGGGCUUGUUUGACUACAUGUGCUACUACGACGCUCUGCUCAGCUUCUCCUCUGACUCUGAGAUGAUUGACGGCUCUAACGAGAGAGGGGCGGUUGCCGCGGUGCCGACGGGCUCAGGAGGCGGCGGCGGUGGCGGGCUGACCCCAGAGGAAGACCUCAGGGCCCACAAGGCCAUCCUCUCUGCGCGCUCGCCGUUCUUCAGGAACCUUUUACAGAGGCGCAUUCGCACGGGGGAGGAAAUGACGGAGCGCACGCUGCAGACGCCUACCAGGAUAGUUUUGGACGAGUCCAUCAUCCCACGGAAAUACGUGCAGGUCAUCCUCCACUGCAUGUACACAGACGUGGUGGACCUGGGGCUGGUGCUGCGCGGCAGCCCGUCGUCGUGCAGUUUGGGCGAAGUGCAGGCCCUCGUUUCAGGGUGCAGGGGGGCGAGCACGCGCACGGAGGAGGCCAUGGAGCUCUACCACAUCGCACUGUUUCUGGAGUUCAGCAUGUUGGCUCAAGGGUGCGAGGACAUCGUUGUGGAAAGUUUGUCCCUGGACUCUCUGGUCCCCAUCCUGAAGUGGAGCUCCCAGCCGUACGGCUCCAAGUGGGUCCACAGGCAGGCCAUGCACUUCCUGUGUGAGGAGUUCAGCCAGGUGGUGACCUCUGACGUCCUGUACGAGCUCGGCAAAGAGCACCUCCUCAGCGCCAUUCAGUCCGACUACCUGCAGGCGAGUGAACAGGACAUUCUGAAGUAUGUCGUAAAGUGGGGCGAGCAGCAGCUGAUUAAGAGGAUGGCAGACAGGGAGCCCAACCUGCUGAGCGGCACAGCCCACAGCGUCAACAAGAGAGGCGUGAAAAGGCGAGACCUGGACGUGGAGGAGCUGAGGGAGAUCCUUUCUCCACUCCUGCCCUUCAUUCGAACGGAGCACAUCCUGCCUCCCAACAGUGACGUCCUCGCCGACGCCCUGAAGAGGGGUUUGAUCAGCACCCCUCCAUCAGACAUGCUGCCCACAGCCGAGGGGGGCAAGGCCAACGCCUGGCUGCGGCAGAAGAAUGCAGGGAUCUACGUCCGUCCGCGUCUCUUCUCUCCUUAUGUGGAGGAAGCCAAGUCUGUGCUUGAUGAGAUGAUGGUGGAGCAGACGGACCUGGUGCGUCUGAGACUGGUGCGCAUGUCCAACGUCCCGGACACGCUCUACAUGGUGAACAACGCCGUGCCUCAGUGCUGUCACAUGAUCAACCACCAGCAAAUGGCGGGCAGCUCCAGCACGGCUCCCUCUGUCGUGGCCAACGAAAUACCAGUGCCUCCUCUGUCUGUGGUGAAGGAUAUGAUCCGCAGGCUGCAUGAGCUGAGGCACACGGAGCAGGUCCAGCGAGCCUACGCCCUGAACUGUGGCGAGGGAGCCACGGUCAGCUACGAGCUGCAGCUGAGGGUGCUGAGGGAGUUCGGUCUUGCAGAUGGAGCCACGGAGCUGCUGCAGAACCCAUCCAAGUUCUUCCCAGAUGAGCGUUUUGGAGACGAGAGUCCAAUUCUGGCCCUGCGUCAAGUGGGCCGUUGCCGGGUCAACAGCAGUCCGGCUAUGGACAGCAUGUUAACGGACCUGGAAGGAGUGGCAGGCUUCCACCCUCCGCUGCCUCCUCCGCCGCCUCCCUACCAUCCGCCCGCCACACCCAGCCACGCCCACCUCAAAGGGGGCUGGCGACCCCGGGUCCCCAUGCCGACCCCUACCCGCUCCUUCUCCUACCCCUGCAACCGGACCCUGAUCCAGCGCCACGCUGCUUCCAAACAUGGCAGUUCAGAGUACUCCUCGGCGCCCAGAUCCCAACCUCCAGACUGCACCAACCCCCAGGCUAUGGGCCGACCUCUGCUGUCAAACCAGCAGGCAAUGGGGGUGGAGCCGAUGAUGAGGGAGUUCAUGCCGGACAUCGCGCUCGGCGUCUCGGUCAUGUCUCUGAGGGAGCAGCACAUGGCCGACAUGGAUGGCGAAGGCCCUCACAGCCCCAUGGGCCAUUCAGGCCACCACCUGCCCUGCUCUGCUGCGCGCCUCAGCCACGGUUACGGCCCUGGACACGGCCACUCCUGCAAGAGGCACGCUCCAGAACCCAAGCUGGAGGCCCAAGCGGAGUUCCCCGACCUGUACGACUUCUCCUGCAGACCCGCGACCCCGACCUCCACCCAUCCUCUUCCCGCUUUCGCAGGACCGGACCUCUACAGCCACAGCUGCACGCAGUCCAGCUCCUACCCCCCUCCUUACGUUUCUGACUGCCAGAGCCACGGCCACCUGCAGGGACGGACCGCCCCGGACCCGCUGAGACUGGACGUCCUCAGCUUAAAAUCUCAGAGACACGACGGCGUCCUCUCCAGUCCGUCCGGACCGCAGACGAGGACGGGUCCGUUCUCAAAGGGGCGGCCAAAUGAGACGGACCUCACCCACGGUUUGGGUCAUCUACGCUCCCCCAGCGGGAACAUGGACGGCUAUGAGGAGAGAACCAGAGACGCUCCAGAGGAGAUGGUUCUGGGCGGAGACCCGUCGGGUCCGGUUCCGCUCCAGCAGUCUCACAGUGUAGGCGAAGAUCUCCUCAGAGACCGCAGAUCGCCCAGCAAACCGGACUACCCCUAUAAGAAAUCUGCACUUUAACCCCAGUUCAGGAGCCGGGGUUGAGUUGAAGGGAAAAGGGAAAAAUGCGAUGAGCACUAAGAGUGUGUGUGUGUGUGUGUGUGUGUUUGUGUGUGUGUGUGUGUGUGGGUGUGUGUGGGUGUGUGUGGGUGUGUGUGGGUGUGUGGGUGGGUGAGAGUACAAGAGUCAGAGAAAAGGGUUGUAGAUAGAGCUGGGCGAUUGUUCGAUUUUAAGGAAUUUUAGUUUUCUUGCCUACAAAAACAAAAUUGCCUCUAGAAACAAAUUUUUAAACAUUUUCAAAAAGUGACUUUUAUUUCAACAUUUCAGGCUAUGAUUAUUUUUAUGUAAUUAUGAGAAAAUAGUAAUAUUAGCAGAAAGAAAAUCUUAAAAUUACAAAACGUUCCUUUAAUGAGAGAAAAUCUGGACCAGCAUUGUUUGUAUUGUUUUUUUGAAAUAGACACAAUAGUUUCAAUGUCCUGCUACUGAUAUCAGUUUGAUGAAGAUUAUUUCCAUUAUCUGUGACACUUACCAAGACUGCACAAAUUUAUCUUUAUUAGUUUCUAGUGCAAAUACCUUAGUUCACUUGAAAUUAUAUAAAAUCAACUUAAAUGUAAGUUUUCAGCAAUGUAUAGAAGCUUGUUUUAAGUCAAUUAUUACUUAAUAUUGAUUUCAAAAGUACUAUUAAAGUACUGACAGAUUAUUAAACUUUUAACAAGACAAUUUUCCCCAUGAUAUAAGUCAAAUAAUUUGCCAGUAGAAAUAGUUAUUUUUUGUCAAUGUCAAGGGAUUAUUGACUUAAAACAAGCUGCUAUAUCUUGCUGAAAAGUCACUUGUGAAUUAUUUUUAUGAUUUCAAGUGUACCAAGAUAUUUAUGCUGGAAACUAGACCAAAAUUAUUUGGUAAGAAGUUGUAAUUUUGCAGUAUUAAGUAUUAUGUCAGAGUCUAUUUCAAAGAAAAAUCUACACAAAUUGAACUGGUUUUCUCAUUAAAACAAUUUUAAGAUGUUUCUUCUGCUAAUAUUGUGACUGUAAUCUUAUAACACAAACAUUUGUGUAGCCUGAGCCUGAUACUGCGUAGGACUGAUGAUUGAAAUUAAAAACAAUUUUAUUUCAAAAUAAACAUUUUCUCUCAACGGAAUAAAAGAAAUAUAUCCGAAUUUGGUCCUAAUUUUAUUUGUUGUGGAGUCGAUCUGAAUUCAAAAUCUAAAUAAACAGAAGCUGUAAAACACGCUCGUCAAACAAGAUGGCGGCCUUGGGCGCGCUAACAUCUAAACUAUGGAAACCCAACGAGCGCAGUGGUAAUAAAAAUCUAAUCAUUUUCCAAAAAUUAAAACUUCAAAAGCGUAAUAAAUGAAUCGCCCAGCUCUAGCCGUGGCUGCUUCUGUCCUACCUCUACAGCGCUGCGCUCAUCACACAGUCAGAGUUUAGACAUGAAGCCGCUCUGCUCCCGUUAGAGGAUUUCCGCAAAUAUCCUCUCGGUUUUGGUCAGCUAGAGGUCUGCAGGAGCUAAAGGUAUGUUUCCGAUCAGCGGAAACAUUUAAUCUGAGUUUAUGAGCCAGAUUAACAGCAGCACACGAACUCUGAGGAAGUGAUGCAACAAAACGUAGAGUUAGAACAUAGAUCCGCUCUGCUGGUUUUUCUGUUUCUUCAUGUAGCACGUCCUCACCCGGAUCAUCUCUGACAGGAAGUACACUGCAAAAACACAACAUCUGACCAAGUCAUUUUUGGUCUAGUUUUUACUGCGAAUACCUUCAUACACUUUCAAUAAGACACAAACUAGCUUACAAAUAACUUUUCUGCAAGAUAUAUGAGCUUAUUUUAAGAUCAUUUAUUAACAUCAAUUUUAAAAAGUACCAGAUCCAUUGGGAGAUUAUUUAAGUAACAACAAGACAUUUUUCCAAUGUUUUAAGUAGAAAAAGUGGGAAUUUUAUACUACCACUCACUCCAUUUUAAACGUAUUACAAAAAUUAUGACAUUAUGCUUCAUGCUGUUUUUUUGUACUUAUUCAAAAAAUUAUAAUAAUCCACCACUAAAAUUAGUUAUUUUGAUUCAAUUUAAAAAUACUUAAUGGAUGCAAAAAGGGAAAUUAAAUGGUGUAACUCAUUAAUUCAAAUUAAAAGUAUUGAUCUACUCCAAUCUGAAUGCCGCAACAAUAACUCUGUAUUUUGCUAAAAAGUUACUUCUAAGUUAGUUUUGUCUUUUUUCAAUCGUAUUAAUCGUAUUUUGCACUAGAUAAAAAAUACUUUGUAAUAUUUUGUGUUUUUUGAGUGUAGCUCAUUAGUAAUGAGUGACAAAGGGGAAGAAAGGAACAUCUGCCUGCUGUGAUGAUCGUUUUUUUGCAGCAAACAAAACUGUAGAAUCUUUCUGCCAAUCAGAGAGGCUUAUUGGAACUCUUUAGCCAAUCAGAAGCAAGUCAGGUGUUUUGAAAUCUCUGUGCUACAGAUUAGAGUCCGAGGUGUUGUUUAGCAUCAAGUAACCACAUUUAAAGCCUUAAACAAGCGCUUCAAACGACAUUUAUUCACUUAAAAGCAUUUUCAGUCUUUCACUUUGAUUCUCUCUAGGUUUGAGUUAUUCGUUCAUUCAUUAUUCAUUUUCCUCUCACAUUUCAAAAAAAAAAAAAAAAGUCCACAUCUACAUAUCAGGACUUUUGCAAACCUCAUUAGCGCUGGAUGCACAUGCAGUGUUGAUAACUGUUAAAUAUGUAGUUGGAGACCGGCUGCAGCUGUAGCUCUGAACUUCUCGUUUCUUACAGAAAGACGGCAAACAAAAAACAACAAAAAAAAAACCUGCAUCUCAAACUGAAAUGUAACCGACGGUAACGCAAAGUCGGCCGUGCUGUCUCAGGUCUCCAACGAGGAAUUGUGUAUAUAUUGAUUUGAGUCCAAAACAUUCAGAUCACUUGUGGGUUUUUUAAUAGUUUGUCACAUUUUGGUGGUUGUUGAAGGUCUGUGUUUUUACUGUAGUGGAGAACACUGUGUGCUCGUCUUUGUCAUGAAACUCUCACUGAGAAUGUGAUCUAUAAAACAAAAAGAUUGUGUUUAGGACGUUUUUCAUCAAUGUUAUGCAUUAAGGACAUUUACUUUUAGCUGUAGAUGAUGUGAGGAUGUUUACUCUCUGCUUUGCAUUGAUAGAGCUGCCAAGCAGAAAAGCAUUUUCUUUUUUUUUCUCCAGCAAGUUGCUUCAUGGGGAAAAAAUGCAAAACUCCAGAUUCUUCCCCGUCUUCAUGUUUGGUAGCUUUUAAUAAUUAUUUUUCCAGGCCAGUGUUCCACUGAGUCCCAGACGUUUUGCUCUGUGCUGUAGAGGAGUCGGUGCCUUUUAUUGGAGGAGUGACUUUGAUGUCUAUGCAAGCUCUUUUCUACCAGCUAACCAGCAUGCAUCAGAUAGUAAUUUGAAAACCCAUGUAGCUCGUUUUGUGUACAGUGUUAUUUAGCAGCUUUUUAAAAAGAAAAAUAACUAAAAAAUCAACCAUCGGAUGGAUGUGUGUUAAAUUGUAACAGGUACAUUGUACUUGUAUGCUAUCGUUAGAUACCUUGUUUGUAGAUUAAUAAGUUGCAUUUAGUUUCACUGAAUCUAUUUUUCUACUGUUGCCUCAGAAGGUGCAUCACAGUGGUCAACUUCUCAAAAUAAACACUUUAAUAUGA